AUGGAAAGUUUCAAAUAGUUUAAUUUAAUCCCCUUCAUGUUAAUUAUGUUAAUUAAUUAACUUAAAUAUAUAAAAAGAAAAGAGAAAAAAUAAAUGGGGUCCACUUGUCCCUUUCAUUUAAUUAGAAACUCGGGGAGCGUACUCAGCUCAUUUUUCUCACUCAACCUUUUGUUAAACAAAAAUUUAAAUACCCAAAUUCAUUAAUACCCAAAUUCAUUUGAGGAGUGAGGGAGAAAAGUACUAGAGAGAGAAAAAUCAUCGAGCAAUGGGGAAAGAUCUGAGCAACGAUCAAAUAUCAUCAAUGAAGGAAGCCUUCACUCUGUUUGACACCGAUGGCGACGGAAAGAUCGCCCCAUCGGAAAUCGGUAUCCUUAUGCGUUCACUCGGCGGUAACCCUACCCAAGCCCAACUCAAAUCCAUAAUCGCCGAAGAGAAACUCAAUGCACCCUUCGAUUUCAACCGUUUCCUUGAACUCAUGUCUAAGCAUCUCAAACCUGAGCCGUUUGAUCGUCAGCUUCGUGAUGCGUUUAAGGUCCUUGAUAAGGAUGGUACUGGUUACGUUGUUGUUGCCGAUCUUAAGCAUAUUCUUACCAGUAUUGGUGAGAAACUUGAGGCUUCGGAAUUUGAUGAGUGGAUCCGUGAGGUUGAUGUUGGAUCGGAUGGAAAGAUUAAGUAUGAGGAUUUCAUUGCUAGGAUGGUUGCCAAGUGAUUUCGCCUGUGGAUCUGAUAUUUAUGGCUGUAGUAUUCGUUGGAUGGAAAUGAGAACCUGACUUUGCGAGUAUUUGUAGCUUGGUAUUUCAUUUUGGCAUGUUGAAAAGUGCAUCUAAUUUGCAAUUUCCUAGGAUUGAUUUCGCUAUUUUUUACUUGUUUACCGUCAUUGAACAAUUUGUGAUUCAGAUGUUGUCCUGUAUGUGGGUUUUGGCAUCCUAAGAACCAUAAUCAUCUAGCACCUAUAAGUACAGUUGUUUCUUCUUUGGUAUAUAGUGCAGACGCUGUGAAACUUAAAACUCA